AUGUCGCACCAAAUAACACAAGUACCAUCAUCAACCACAGAGUCCUCUUCGACAUGGGAAGAAGACAAUGAUUCAUUUUCGGAACAAGCUAAACAUAAAUAUUUGGUAGAUUCUAAUGAUGAUAGUAACAAUGUAAUGAUCAAUGCUCAUUACGAUCACGAUGAUAAAUAUCAAUGGAGUAUUCCCGAUGUUGAAGGUGGAGCCUAUUUAAAUACGUUAGAAUCAAAACUUUACAAAUUAACUAAUGGAAGAGGUUUGGGAAGGAGUUUGAGAAUGGGUACUGGUAGUAAUAAUACUACUAGUAAUCAAAAAUCAAAAAAGAAAAUUGAAUAUAGUGAUGGAUGUAAGAAGUGCGUGGAUUAUUUCGAGGAGGAGAUUGAUUUAAAUGUACCAAAGGAAGAGUUGAUUGGAGCUGCUCCUCUAUUAGAGGAAUCCGAACUUUUGCAUGAUAACACAGAGGAAUCGAAUGAAGCUGUGGGUUUUGAAGAUUUGCAAAUCAAAGAACUUGAAGAGGAAUCGUGGCAUCAGGAUUAUUCAAUUAAUGAGGAAGAAAAACAAGUAAUCUAUGACAAGAAAACUGGAGAACUUAAAUUGGAUCAAGAGGAAAAUACAGUGACUGGUGCUGAGACAGACAAUAUUUCCAAAAUUGACAUGUCAGAUGAUGAUGAAAGUGAAAGUGAAGACGAGGACGAUGAUGAACAAGAUGAAUAUGGUACAAUGGAAUUGCAUGAUGAUGAGGAAGAAAAUCAUUUUGAAUCUUAUCAAACUUCGAAUGUGACAAAUAAUGACGAUGACUGGGAGGCCGAAUUUCCAUAA